AUGACGGGCACCAAUGGAGCCAGCAAGGACCGCAGUCGAUCUCCGCGGAAGGUCGACUCAUCCAAGCUCACGGAGGCUGACCUUGCAGAUGGGUUCUCUGCCUCUGAGAUUUUCGGCUCCAAAACUGCGAUGAGUGGAUACACCUACGACGAUCUCAUCUGCCUUCCCGGACAUAUCAACUUCGGAGUUCACGAUGUGGCGCUGGGCUCGCGAUUCACAAAGAAGAUCGCGCUGAAGACGCCCAUCGUUUCCAGCCCCAUGGACACUGUUACGGAGUCGAACAUGGCCAUCGCAAUGGCUUUGGAGGGCGGCAUUGGCGUGAUCCACACCAAUCUUCCCAUCGAGACACAGGCUGCAGAGGUGGCUCGAGUCAAGAAGUAUAAGGCGGGCUUCAUUUUGGAGCCUCGCUGCGUGCCACCCACCAUGACCGUCGAGGAUCUGGACAAGCUGAAGAGCACGCUCGGCUUCACCGGCUUCCCGGUGACGGAGAAUGGUCAGAUGGGGGCCAAACUUCUCGGCCUGGUGACCAAGCGGGACACUGACUUCAUCGUCGACCGCAAGACCCGCCUCAGCGAAAUCAUGACCCCGGCUGCAAGCCUGGUGACGAUGUACGAAGGCUGCGACCUCCUUGAGGCCAACGCAGCGCUACAGAAGUCGAAGAAGGGCAAGCUGCCAAUUACUACGAAGAGUGGUCUCCUCAUAGCUUUGGUGGCUCGAACUGACAUCAAGAAGAACGUGGACUUCCCGAAUGCCACCAAGCAUCCCGUGAACAAGGAGCUACUCGUGGCCGCCGCGAUCGGCACACGACCAGCGGAUCGUGAACGCGUAAAGGCUCUGGUUGCGGCCGGCGUGGAUGCUGUUGUCAUUGACAGCAGCCAGGGAGACAGCGUGUUUCAGCACGACAUGAUCAAGUGGAUCAAGUCCCAGUUCCCCGAUUUGCAGGUUGUGGCGGGCAACGUGGUGACGAAGAAGCAGGCCCAAAACCUCAUUGAGUGCGGCGCAGAUGCUCUGCGUGUUGGCAUGGGAAUCGGCUCCAUCUGCACCACCCAGGAGGUGUGCGCCUGCGGUCGUGCGCAGGCAUCUGCAGUCUACAAUGUGGCAAAGCUGGCAAGAUUGUACGGCGUGCCGAUUCUUGCUGAUGGUGGCAUCUCCAGCCCAGGUCACAUCGUCAAGGCGCUGAGCUUGGGUGCCGGCGCUGCCAUGUGCGGCAGCUUGCUAGCCGGAACUUCAGAGACUCCUGGCGAGUACUUCUACUCAGAGGACGGCAAAAGGCUGAAGCGAUAUCGCGGCAUGGGCUCUAUCGACGCCAUGAAGAAGGGCAGCGAUGACCGCUACUUCGGCACCGCCGCAGCGAUCAAGGUUGCGCAGGGCGUAUCCGGAACAGUGCAGGACAAGGGCAGCAUCCACAAGUACAUCCCAUACCUCACGCAGGGCCUCAAGCACGGAAUGCAGGAUAUCGGUGCACAGAGUGUUGACCAACUCCAGUCCAUGCUGCAGGAGGGUCAACUUCGCUUCGAGCUCCGAUCCGCCGCUGCACAGCGAGAGGGAGGCGUCCACGGCUUGCACAGCUUCGAGCGCAAGCUGUUCGACAGCUGA